UCCCAGUAAACAGCAGUUCUAAUUAUUAGAGUAAACAAAUUAAAUGAGAAGUAACACUAAAAUCGAGCGUUCCCUAUUAAAACGGAACCUAUCUCAAAAUCAUAAUUCCAGAUUAACCGGUCAAAUCAAACAUAAAAUUGAAGAAUCCUUUCGUAUGCUGGCCAUGGGAAUAAAUCGAAGGCGGAUUCCCGAGCAUUUUGACAUUUCGGUUCGGAGACGGAUUGCCAGGCUCGUGAUUUUGUCAAACGAUAAAACAUAUGUCAUUCGUACACAGUUAUUCGAUGGAGAUAGUCGGGCAGUGACUUAUUUUCAUAUAAUUAUUUAUUCGACAAUUGAAUUCAUUAUUUAAUUGUUAAUCAUAAAUCGAAACACUUCGAUAACAUUGCCCAUCAAAUUGAUUUCGUUUCAAUGCGAAUUAUUUUACUGUGAUAAAUAGGAAAAAAAUUAUUGUUUUAUGUGUACACACACACGCAUUCCAUCAUAUACUUCAAACGAAAUGAUCGUAAAAACUUGGUAUUUAGAUGCUAAACAGUGAGAAUAUUUGUUUUUUCAAAGAAAAAGUGUAUUUAACGAACGUAUCCAGUAAUUAAAUUAAAUUAGUGCCGUGAUCGAAAACGUGUGUUGUAUUGAUACUCGGGCCAAGUUCGAUUUACAUUUCCAAAUUCAAUUAUUGCCACACACUUGCAAUGUAAGAAAAGAAAAAAAAAGAGGUAGAAGAAGCAGAAACCUUUUCAUUUCGUUGAAAUGACGUUGCCCAUCAUCGUAAGUAAGCAUCGAAGCAUUACACCGUCCUAAUUAGGCCAGUUAGCUGUGUCUUCGGAAAAAAAAUAAUAUUCAUCUUAUCUCCACAUUAAGUUGAAGUUUGUGUUUGUAUGCUUCGGUCUUAGUCAGCUGCUCUUAGUUCAAAAAAAAAAUUGUGCUGUGUUUUGUUAAUAUAAUUACGAAAAAGAAGAGAAAAAAUUGAUAAGGAAGUAAAUAAAAUAUUAUGUGUGAUAUUCAGGAGGUUACACCAUCAUUGUAGCAGGAAUCAGUAGUCAUAGGAUUAACAAGACCAUUGUAAAUACAUCAGAAUCAUUCCAAAUUUGCCGCUACAAAAAUGUCUGGUGAACCAGAUUCAGGUACAGGACCCGGGGGCUCUGGUGUCAAGUUAGAGUCCCCUAUCAACAACAAUAAUAAUGAUGACACAGAAUGUGAUAAAGUGACGGCAUCCAAUACGAAUUUUGAAUCGAAAGACGGACUCAAAAUACUGCAAUGUGAACGUUGCGGUGAAUUUGAAACAAUCUCGUUGGCAUUGCUGCUGGUCCAUGUGGCCCAAUGUAAUCCAACCAAUCGGGUCGAAGCAGAAAAUCACAACGAUACGAAUAGUAAUGAUCAACCGCCACCUAGUGACGCAACUAAACAAUCUCGAAAGCUGUUUGAGUGUGAUGUGUGCAAUAUGAAAUUUUCAAACGGAGCGAACAUGCGCCGGCAUAAAAUGCGGCACACCGGAGUCAAACCGUAUGAAUGUCGAGUUUGCCAGAAACGAUUUUUUCGCAAAGAUCAUUUGGCCGAACAUUUUACCACUCAUACGAAAACACUGCCGUACCACUGUCCCAUAUGCAAUAGAGGUUUCCAACGACAGAUCGCUAUGCGAGCCCACUUUCAGAACGAGCAUGUUGGCCAGCACGAUUUAGUGAAAACGUGUCCGCUGUGUAGUUACCGGGCCGGUACUAUGAAAUCGUUACGUGUUCACUUCUUCAAUCGGCAUGGUAUCGAUUUGGACAAUCCGGGACCGAAUGCUCCGUCAUCGUUACUGUUAGCUCUCGAUCCUCAGAAUGCUGGAAACUAUUUGGCGGCGGUGGCCGCUGCAUCAGCUGGCGCAGCUAAUCAACAACCAAAUUAUAGUGAUAGUGGUGAUUCAUUACGGUCGGCUGACAAUGCAACGCCACCAAUGCAUUUCUUAACACCUCACGUGGAAAUAUCCAUGGCCGAUGACAGCAGUUUCAAGCCCGACCAAGGAACAAUUAGUGUUAGUUCAGCGUUAGAGAUUAAGCCUUGCCUUUCUAAUCGAAUGAAUGGUGGGUCACCGGCAUCACCUCACUCAGCAGAUUCGAAUUCAAACGUUCCAAGCAGCUCCCAGUCACUGUUAGGAAAUGUCAUACAAAACUCUAGGCAUCUAUUGGUUGAUGGUCAGAUCACUCCGUCGAUUAGCUUAAUACCGAUCAAACAGGAACCAUCCAACGAUGACUACAAUGACAGUUCCCAGCGCAAAUCGGACGGGACAAAAGACGACGCAUCAGCACCACCAAAUAGUUCACACACAAAUAAUUCAAUUGAAACAAAUAACAGCACUCCGUCAUCAUCUCUUACAUCACUGAUUAAGGUGUCUCCACUGAAGUCAUUAUUACGCGAGGAUCUGAAGCGGAGAAUAUCCGCACGGGCCAGCAAUCGAGCUUCACGUAAUACAACCAAUAAUAGUCAACAGAAUUCCGUUACUGUCACUCCCGAAACGACGCCAUCAGCUGCGACCACUUCCAAUGGCACAAUCACAUCGACGGGUCCCGAAACCGAAUUGAUUCCAACAUCACGAAAGCGAAUGCUGCAAUGUCUGUUUUGUGGCAUCGAAUUUCCCGAUCAGACGCUGUACUUUUUGCACAAGGGCUGUCAUAGCGAAAGUAAUCCGUGGAAAUGUAACAUUUGCGGCGAACAACUCAAUAACGUUUACGAUUUCAAUUCGCAUUUGUUAAGCAAAAGUCAUCAGUAGCAACUAUAGAUCAUUUUCUUUUCGUCCGUUAUUGAGAGACUCGUACGAGACCUUUAGAUUUUACUUCACCUUAGGAUCUUCCAUUUUCGUUUUAUUGGACGAAAGUUUUAUGAAAACUUUUCCUGAAUCACCUUUGUUGAUUUGAUCAUCUUUGGCAAAACAUUAUCUUCAAAUACAUUCCAAAGAGUAAAUUGAUUAAUUUUAAUCUCUUCUAAUUCUAUCUAAUUACAUUGUUCGUGCAACAGUUGAAAACAUGGAUACAGUGGAAAAAAAGAAUUCUUCUUUGAAUUAAGAUGACUAGUUUCAGAGCUUCGAUUUUCCAUUUUGAGUCACGAAUUACUAAUUUUUAACCUUUACAAACGACCUACGUAUCACAUUACAGUCAUUGAAUCUGCUACUUCUCUUAUUUAGAAACGUCUUUAAGUUUUCAACUCAAAAUCUUCUACUUCAUUUGUUUUAACAUUUAUUUCGCUAUAUAACACAGCAAUAACUUGUGAACAACGCACAUUUUUUGUUGUCUUUGUCGCUAACAGAUGAUUAGCCGUAUUUGAAAGACUUUUUAGGGCUUUCUCGAUUUUUUGGUUUCUUAUUAUUUUAAUGAAUAAGACUCGAAACAAUUCAGGCAUACCUUGAUCUGAAACUGAAAUUCAAUUAGGUCUGAUUAAGUCCUAACUGAACUGUUCUGAAUUGACCUGAAAUCUUAAAUCAAAAGAAAUUCAGGUAAAUCAAGUCAGUUUUUAAACGAAUCCCAGAUAUACGUGAAAUCGGACCUGAUUUACCUGAAUUUUUAUUGGUCUUCCGGUUGCAAGUUCAUGCCAGCUUCAGGAAAUCUGUGCUUCAGGUAGUCUGAGCAUCAGGUAAUCUGAGCUUCAAGUAAUCCUAGCUUCAGUUUAUUUUGAGCUUUAAGUAAUCGGAGUUUCAGUUGAUCUAAGCUUCGGGUUUCAGAUCCGAGCCGUCAUAGCAUAGCAAUUGAAACCUCGCUCGAUUGGGAAAGUGAAGUCGGAUUCGGAUCUCAAAAGAAAUAAUUUGUUUUCGAACUGCAACACUGACGAUUAUGCGUUUGGUAAUUUGUUUGCAAUUUCGUUUAUAUUAGAAAUUUAAUUACAAUUUUCCUACAAUCCGUGAUGUCCGCUUUAGACCUAAAAGAUUCUUGAAUCUUAAGAUUUCUUGAAUAAGUCAUUCGUGAGAAGUAACUCUCUAAUUCCGAAUAAGGCGUACAGAUUUGAAUGAAUAGCUUUUGCUCAUGUGUUGUAAUGUCAAACUAGGGGUGGAUAAAUGUAGAAGAUCUUCAGAAGAUUUUCUUUUAAACAACUCAUUAAAAUUCCUAAAUUCAGAAAAGUUUGCAGAAAUUUGAGAAAACUUUUUAAAAUUCGAUUGAGCAAGUCCUCUAAAAAUUGCCUGAAUUUUUUUAAAUAGCGUUUAUCCUUCCCUCAAUCUCAAAUGAAUGAACGAAAAGAAAAUAAGAAAUUCGCUUCUAAUGGCAGAAUUACUAACAAUUCCAAAAUUAUUAAAAGGACAACAAGUAUUAUCAAGAUUUCAAAUAGAUUUUCUUUUUUUAAAUAUAAAAUCACAACAACAGUGUAAAAUAAAGUUAAAUUAAAAGAAAACUAAAAAUAAAAAACAAAAAAUAAAAACCGUGAAAGUGCAAAGUAUAAAAUAUAAGAUAAAUAAAUGAAAAUUAUUAUGAAAGAAAAAUAAAAACAAAAAAAAGGAUUUAUCCGUCCAGUCCAACUAAACAAAAAAUGAAUUUUAUUUAAAACACACUUUUGUGACCAAAUACAUUCACAAAACUCACAUAGCAAUGGAAUUAUAAAUUAAAACAAAUCUAAAUAUUUUUAAAAAUGAAAACAAAAAUGAAGAAAAUGAAAUUUAUAUUUCUACAAUUUCUAUUUUAUAAACAGAGUUAAAAAAAGAAAGGAGAAAAAAAAAUAUUUGAGAUUUUCCUUUUGCGUCUUCAGAAAGUAAACAAAGCGGUUAAGGGGUUUAAUAAUUAUUAUUGAUUGAUUGUACAGUAUUUAUUUAAAAAAAGAGAAAUAAAUUAGAAAAAAAAUUAAAUUUUAUUGAAGUUGAUAGCAAAAUAAAACAAAAUAUAAAAACAAAAAAAAUUAUUGAAAUUUAAAAAAUUCUUUAACAAAUAAAUUUAAAGUAAAACUUAGAACGAAUUGUAUGAUAAUAUUAUGAUUUAGUGUAGAUAGCAUAAGAAUAUUAAAUUUUAAUUCAAACAAAAGAUAAAAGAAAAUAUGAAAAAUUUUUAGAGGCAAAUAUAUUUAUUGUUAUAACAAAAAAAAGAGAGAGAAAAAAUCAUGUUGGCAAGCAACAAUAUUCCUCCCAUAUUUCUUACAAAUUAUAUAGUUUUGUUAUCUAAUUUAAAAGAAAAAGAAAGAAAAAAAUAUUUUUUAUG